CUAAUUCUAGAUCAUCUUAUGAAAAUCAAUUUUGGUAUGAAUUAAUGCAAUCAAGACGAUCUUUUAAUACAAGGGGUCGAUCAAGUCAUGAAACUCUAGCAUUUUGAUCGAGCAUAACAACCUGCUCAUACCCAGAUAGCGGUGGUGCUGCCAACCCACGAGAGAUGGCCUACUCAAAGCAGUGGCUCACGCCAUCUAGCCUACACUUCUAGCUUCAUCAAACUCGCGCUAGGGAGUUGCCGGGAACUCGAAUCGUUUGAUAGCCAACUUUUGGAUGAACAUGACAAUGAAGCUUCUACGUUGAUGAUGCAACGAAGCAUUGAACUGUCUCGUGGCUUCAUUUUUCGGCUAAAGAGCGAAGAUCAUGCAGCAUUUUGCUUGACUUGCCAUGGAAGGAAGAUCCAGAGUCUGGUGUCUGGAUUGAAGAGCUAUCCUCGUAAAGAAUUAUUAUGUAUUUGAUCGAUUCGAACUAAAAAAAUUACGUAUCGGUUCGCCCUAUCUUCAACAACUCAUUGUGUGAUUUUCUUCAGAUUACUCUCUUUCUCUCUCGUUUCUCAAGUAUGACAUCCAUGGCGGCUUCUUCUUCUUCUCAAUCCUUUUGUUCUUUGAUUCCCAGAACUGUUCUUCUUGUUUCCGUCGUGCUGUUUCUUUUUCCAUUGCAACCAGAGGCUCUGAAAUCGCCGUUUGCCCCUCUCGACAUGCUUCCAUUGCUUCCCAGACAGGUCUCAUGGCCGAUUCUCAACUAUCUCAACAACGCCGACGAUCUUCUUCCGACUUUCGUCGGAGCUGUCUCCUCUCCUAACAAGUCUAUUCAAUGGCAAGGGGCUUGCUUCGAUAAGAACACCGCUUGGCUUGAAUUUCAUAACAAUUCCGGCUCUGAAUUUGGCGGUGGUACGCUUCAUAUAAAGGCUAGCAAUGCACAUAGUUGGACGUGUAUGGAUCUUUAUAUCUUUGCAACGCCGUAUCGUGUGACGUGGGACUACUAUUUCUUUUCCAGAGAACAUACUCUUGAGUUUACAGAAUGGGAAGGGAAACAAGAAUUUGAAUACGUUAAAGAGGCAGGGGUUUCAAUUUUCCUCUUGCAAGCUGGGGUAUUGAGAACCCUUCAAGCAUUGUUCGACGUCCUCCCUUUGUUUGCAAAUUCAGACUGGGGCGAGCAAUCUAAUAUUAAGUUUCUCGAGAAUCACAUGGGUACUACCUUUAAGGAACGUCGUCCCCCAUGGACUACAAGUGUUAAUGUUGAUGAUAUUCACUCUGGAGAUUUCUUAGCAUUAUCCAAAUUUCGUGGUCCGUGGGGUGCUUUUGAGACUCUACAGAAGUGGGUUACUGGAUCAUUUGCUGGUCAUUCUGCUGUUUGCUUAAGGGAUUCUGAAGGAAACUUGUGGGUUGCUGAAUCUGGGCGUGGAACUGGAGUGGAGGAUGAUAUUAUUGAUGUUUUACCAUGGGAUGAGUGGUGGAACUACGAACUCAACAACGAUUCAUCCAAUCCCCACAUUGCAUUUCUUCCUUUGCAUCCUGAUUUGAGGGCGAAGUUGAAUGAGACUGCUGCGUGGGAGUACGUAAGGAGCAUGGUUGGGAAACCAUAUGGUUAUCAUAAUUUGAUAUUUAGCUGGAUCGACACCAACCAUGGAAACUAUCCACCUCCCUUGGAUGCCCAUCUGGUUGCUUCUGCUAUGACAAUAUGGACACAAGUGAGGCCAACCCUUGCGGCAAACUUGUGGAAUGAAGCUUUAAACAUACGACUUGGAACAAAGGGCCUUGACCUUCCUGAGAUUCUGGUUGAGGUUGAAAAGCAAGGGUCAUCUUUUGGCGAACUACUGGCUAUUCCCGAACAGGAUGACUGGAUCUAUGCUGAUGGGAAAUCAGCAUCGUGUGUCGCUUUUAUCCUUGAAAUGUACAAGGCGGCCGGGCUUUUUGGUCCACUUUCUAGCUCAAUACAAGUCACAGAGUUCACAAUAAAAGAUGCAUACACGCUCAACUUUUAUGAAAACAAUUCAAGCCGCCUUCCAAAGUGGUGUAAUGGUGGGGACGAUGUCAAGCUUCCAUAUUGUCAGAUUCUUGGAAAGUAUCGAAUGGAUUUACCGGGAUAUAAUAGCAUCGAUUCCUAUCAACAUAUGAAUGAAAGGUGCCCUUCUCUUCCAACCGAGUACUACCGUCCAAAGAAUUGCUAGAAAUGUCUUAUGUCUUGAUGAUUUCAGUUGUUACAGUAUUGAUUUUCUUGUAGCCUUCUGAGUUUUUGCAUAUCUGAAGCAAUAUGUUGGAAUGUGUAGCACAUAAUGUUGCUUCAGUUCUGUUCCAAUUUGUCAUUCCUAAAGAAAAUUCAAAUAAGGUAUAGAUCUCUCCUUCUUUCUCUCUUAAACAGGAAAUAGGUUACAUUAACUUUUUUCUGUACCUAUUGAAAAUCAAGCGUACCUAUAAAGUUGUAGUUGAUGUUUGAUAAAUUUCAGUGAAGUCAGCUGUUCAUAUUUAUUGAGCUUCUGUUUGAUCA